GACAGGUCGGAAAGUAGCGGCCGCAGCCUGUGUGCACUAAGUUCGACCAUCAUGGGGAAAAUCGCGCUGCAGUUGAAAGCCACUCUGGAGAACAUCACCAACCUCCGGCCCGUGGGCGAGGACUUCCGGUGGUACCUGAAGAUGAAAUGUGGUAACUGUGGUGAAAUUUCAGAGAAGUGGCAAUACAUCCGACUGAUGGACAGUGUGGCCCUGAAGGGAGGUCGUGGCAGUGCCUCUAUGGUUCAGAAGUGCAAGCUGUGUGCACGGGAAAAUUCCAUUGAGAUUUUGAGCAGCACCAUCAAGCCUUAUAAUGCUGAAGACAAUGAGAAGUUCAAGACAAUUGUGGAAUUUGAGUGCCGAGGCCUCGAGCCAAUUGAUUUCCAGCCCCAGGCGGGGUUUGCUGCUGAGGGUGUGGAAUCAGGGACAGUCUUCAAUGACAUUAACCUGCAGGAGAAGGACUGGACUGACUAUGACGAAAAGUCUCAGGAGUCUGUGGGAAUCUUCGAGGUCACACACCAGUUUGUGAAGUGCUGAACCCUCUUGCUGCACACUUCCCCUUAAGAACUGAGAAGAGACAAAGUGGCCCAAGUAAUAGCACCUGCACAGGCUGAUGCCCAUGUCCCUCAUCUCUUGGCAGUGAUGCCUUUUUGAUCUGCAUGCUGGGCUCUGUCUUAGUUCCUGAGUUUCACCAAUAAAGCCCCAGUUCUGGCCGCAGUGGUGCGUAAGGAAGAGUCAGAGCCACCCUCCCUCCACAAGUAAGAAUUUACAUUGGAGGGCUCUGUACCUUCCUUUGGUCUUACAUCCCUGAUCCACUUUGCAAACAUGUAGAAGGCACAUACUCCUAAAGGUCCUUCAGCUCAUAUAAAGUGGGCAGGUCGAUCCAGAGUAUUAUAAGUGCCAAAGCCAGUGGCAAAGAUCAGGGGAGCCUGGGGUUGGUGCCAUGAGCUGAGCAGUCCUAAGCCAGAGCAUUGCAUUGACCAUCUUGCCUCUAAAGUAAAACCCAGGCGUCUGUCAGCUAGUGUGACUUCACAUUCCAGGGCUAAAGGACUUUAGAGGGCAGUAACUUGCUUUUGGCCUACUUCUACUCAACAUAAUUUCUGGAAAGUGGUGGCCAGGUCUCUGCUUGCUUGCUGUGAUGGGUACUCUUAGCCCUUCAGGAGUGCUGAUAUGAAAAUUCUUGUGCCCAGUCAGCCCCUGUGCUCCCUGAAGUUCACCUGUGAAUCCUGGUCUGCCCCCUGUGGCUACACUUAGUGUCCUCCUGUCUCCAGGCAAUACUUCAAUGUUGUGAAGAAAGUAGUCAAGAGCUGCUCAUGGGCCAAAGAUCUCCACACACCAGACAAGUGUUAGACCAUGAGAGGACAUGUAUGUCUUCACUCUGGUGAGCACACUGAUGGUAAAACCUGAAGUUCCUUAGUACGCUCUUACAUGAUACCUGUAUAACAUUUUUUUUUAAAGGACCAUCUUUGUGUGGUAGUGUUUUUCUUAACUAGGCCUUUGCGUAAAAUCUUGGGGUUUUGUGCCUGACAAUGAGAUGAAGAUUGGGUACAGCUAGGCCCCAGGCCUUGUGCACUGGUAAUUGCUGCUGAUUCCCAAAAAGGCUGAAAGCCUAAGGGACUCCACCUAGCUGGCCAGGACAGUCAUUGCACAAUGCUGUCUCCAUUGCUCAGUGAGUCAAGCACUGUGGUCACAGCCCUCUCAUUGGUUAGUCCUCUGGGACUCCAGAGGCAGCAGCUUUCAUCCCUGGCCUUUGGAAAGCUCCAAGAACCAGUCCUACAUACUUUUUUGCUUGUGUGUCUGAGUGUUCGUAUGGCGUAUCUUCCCUGAGGACCUCUACUGCACCAAGCACUGGAGGAAGGGAGCUGGGUCAGGCGUAGGCUCCUGCUCAAGAGCAAGGGGUCAGAUGAAGUGUAAGCCAUUAACAGUAAUUCACAUAGGUGUACACUAAAUUGCUGGGUAAACUUCAUUCCCACCAAGUCAGCCUUUCUCAGAUUGAGGCCCGGGAUUUUCCAUCUAAAAGCAUUCCCGAGGAACGCUGAUGGGUACAGCACACCAGGAUCACCUGGCCAGGUUUCACAGCAGGAUUUGCUUUUGGUUGCUGCAGGGAUCAGCUGAGUUCAUGUAGACCGCAUGCUUAGGGCAGUGUUGGGCUCCGUAAAGAGGAGUGAAAGGAACCAGCUAGGGUUUGAUUAGAAAUGCAGACCCCUGUUCUUAAUGGCUGAGUAACCACUGGGAAUCAACCCAAGGCCCCUGUGUCUGUCCCUGGAUAUGUGGCCGGCCAGACAGACCUGCAGGGGCCUCCUUGGCAUCUAGUACUAAGUACUGCCUGGCCUGCCUGAUCCCUGAAGAUACCCAAGGAAUCUAGCUGUUUCUUUUUAAAUGAAAAAGCUGAAAACUGCCGAACAGCUACUGCUAGCUUCUCUUUAAGCUGGAAAACAGCAGUGAAAAUAAAAUAAUCUAAAAUGUCUAUGAUCAAAAUUAACAGAUGAUUAACAAGUAUUGGUAAGUACAUGAAGAAACUCAGUUUCAUCUCCUACUGGUGGAAAUGUAUAAUGCUGAAAGUGGCUGCUCCCUAAGCAACUAAGCAGAGUUAGAUGACCCAGGGGAUGAAGACAGGUCUGCGUAAAAUGUGUGGCACACACUUGCAAUCCCAGCAUUCUUGGAAGCUGAGGCAGAAAGACCAUAAAUUGCAGCUCAGUUUUUCAUAGAGGCAGGGCCUAGGAUGCUCAGGCAGGAGAAGCAUUGUGAGUUCGAGGCCAGCCUGGGCUACAUACUUCAAGUCCAACCUAUACUAUAUAGUGAGACCUUAUCUCAACCCAAGGGGGUGGGACUGAGGAUGUUAGCUCACUGUGAAGGCUUUGGACUUUAAUCGUAAGUAACUUUCCCCAAAAAUACAAUUUACAAAUAUUUACGCAGCAUUAUUCAAACAACCCCAAAGUAUAAAUAGCCUAUGCUAGAACAUGGGUGAACAUUGAAAACAUACUAAAAGAAAUCAGUUGUAAAAAGUCACAUAUGACUUUAUUUAUAUGAAAUUUCAGAAUAAGAAAAAUCUAGGAACAGAAAUAUUAAUGAUUAGGGCUUGGGGGAAGUUAGGCUGGAGGAAAAGUGAGUAUUAAUAGGUACGGAUUUUCUUUCUGGGAAGAAAAUCAGAGAGUGCUCUGAUUGUAGUGAUGGUUGCAAUAACUAUGUGCUAAAAUAACUGACUUAAGCACUUUAUCUGGUAUGUGAAUAAAGCCAAGGGCCACGCAUGGUGGCACACUGUUGUAGUCCCAGCACUUGGUAGGUUGAGGCAGGACAAUCACUGAGUUCAAGGCAGCC